AUGUCGUUCGUUCCCAAAGCUGCUUUCAAGCCUGGCAACUUCGUCCACUACGUCAACGCGCGAGUUCUCCGCGAUGCCAAGAAUCGUCAGGCGGCUGCGGAGGCGGAGCCUAUGAGACAGGCGUUGAGAUAUAUUGUCCGCAACACCAGUCUUCCCCCCCGUGCCCGCGCCCAGGCCCAGCUCCAACUCUCCAACAUGCCUUCAGAGACCAGAAUGACCAAAGUCGUGGACAGAUGUAUUGUUUCUGGUAAAGGACGUGGUAUUUUCAGGAAGUUCAAGAUGUCAAGGUUCCAGUUCAGGAUGCAUGCGUUGAGGGGAGAGUUGCCCGGUGUUAAGAAGGCGGUGUGGUAG